UUCAAUUUGACCGUCGAGUGCAGAGAACGUCGGUACGCCGCUCUUGCCAUUGCCAUCGGCCGGCCAGCUAAAAAAAACGACCUGAAGCCAUAAUAACGCGUGUGAUUGAGAGGCCAACGAAAUAUCCAAAGCAUAAGUGAACAGUGUGUGAGCCAGUGAGCGCUUUAAAUAGAAAUCGCGAAAUAGUCAACUCGAUGGAAGUCGCCGUCUAGAAAAAUAGCAAAAUAGCCAAAAUAACCACUUGUGAGCCAAAGUGACACAAUGCACAGAGCAAACGAAAAUAUAAAAAUAAAUUAAUUAGUAAAUUCAAUUGGAUUAACUCAAACAUCGCAGGGGAAGGAGUAUCAAAGGCCCUGAUCCUAAAUAAAACGAAUUUAAAACAAAACGAGUGUUUAUUAUUUAUGGUGAGAUAAUACACCGUAGUAAUUUUUCAAGAGCAGUAAAAUUUGAAAACAAUGAAAUAUAUAAAGAAUUUAUGAUUGACAACGGUCUUGAAUUAAAGUGGAAGUGAUAUUGGUGCACUAAAGCAGCACCCGGAAAACAUCAACGAGGCAACGUACAAAAUUAAAGUUUUAAAAAUUCCUAAAGGAAAAUUUGGCGGUUAAGUGACUCAACAUUUAACGAUAUGGGAAAUAUGGCGCUGAGACGAUCAGCACAGGGUGUUGCCAAGUCGAAUAGCGUCGCAGUGAGAAGUCCAAUAUCCCUAUCGCUGGUACUGCUGCUUUGCUUAGCGCUAGUCGAUAGCUCCACUGCACAAGUUGAUACCACCAUUAGUCAGCAAGAAAGUCAAUCAGUUGUUCUACCGUGCCCCGUCGAUGCAGAAAAGUGCGGAAAACUCCACUCACUAAAUUGGUUUAAGGGCGAUGAUCGCAUUGCUGCAAUGCUUCUUGGCGAUAGUAAUGUCACGAGUGUCAAUAAAGAGUUCGACGAAAGGGUUACUGUGGAGCAAAACCCAUACAGACUAGUAAUUAAGGACUUAAAAAUAGCUGAUGAAGAUAUUUAUCUAUGUGAUACUACAUUUUUUAUACCAGAAGAAACUUGUGAUAACUUUAAUGGAUAUCGAAUAGAAUUGAGAGUCUUAGUGCCACCCACUGAGGUAGUUAUCUUGGAUGCAAAAGGAGAUCGAAUCGAGAACGGCAGUGUAGUGGGGCCCAUGCAGGAACGCCAGUCCCUCAAAGCUACAUGCACUGUAAGGAACACCCGGCCUCAACCUGAAGUGAGCUGGUUUCGUGGAACAAAGCGCCUAACAACUUACUCCCCCACUCAUGACCUAGUCGAUGGUCUUUAUACGUCAACCCUCGAGUUGGAUUGGACAUUGUCUCGCGAAGAUCUUGCUCAGGAUAUUGAAUGUCGCGUGAAAUCUGCCGCAAUACCAAAUGUUGCUGUAACUAAGUUUAGCGUGGAUCUACAAGUUCGGCCAACUAGCAUUGACAUUAAUGGGGUAAAACAUCACACAGUGCAAGGCAGCAAAGUGGUUUUAACAUGUGACAUUCACGGAGCUCGACCGGCAGUAAAUCUUACUUGGUAUAAUACAACCACCGUAAUAAGUUCUGGCGAAAAUGAAAUAAGUGAAGUUCGGACUAAAUCGCUCGAAAAAAGCGAUGGCACCUUUCACACUCAAUCCGAACUAAUUUUUAAUGCCACUCGCUUUGAAAAUGAUCGCGUUUUUCGCUGCGAAGCGGAAAAUAUUGUUUUGCAAAUUAAUCGCGAAAAACCAAUUUCAUCUGCCCUCACGUUGGAAGUCUUAUAUCCCCCCGUAGUCAAAGUCAGUCCAUCUGCUAUAACUGCCAAUACAAGUGAAAUAGUUCUUCUCAAUUGUGAAUACUUUGCAAACCCAGCCUCUCUGACUCAAGUUGAAUGGUAUCGGAAUGAUAUUUUAGUGAAUGUCAAUGACACGACUCAUUUUAAAGGUGGUAAUUCGGAGAAUGUGGCUCUUGUUAUAAAAUCUACUGAAAAAGAGGACAUUGGAAAUUAUUCCUGCCAAUUGUCAAAUAAUAUUGGCACAGGAACUUCUGAUCACAAAAUAAAUCUUGACGUGCAGUAUGCCCCAAGUGUUGAAAUUCUAAUGAUACCAGAAGGACCGGUUAAGGAAAGCGAUGAAUCAAAUGUGACCCUAUUCUGCAACGUGUUGGAUGCAAAUCCGUCCGUCCUUACCAAAGUGAGGUGGUACGCCAACUCUACGCUCCUUAAGGAACUUCCAGACUGCGAAGAAACAAGAGAGGACCUGUGUCACAUAGACCCCAGCAAACUUUUGUUGGAGAGCAUUGGUCGUGGCUUCUUCUACAAUUAUUCCUGUGAGGGAUUCAAUGCUGCAGGCUGGGGUCCACGAAGCGAAGAUAAAGAGCUGUUGGUACAUUACGAGCCAGGUCCUGCGGCGUUAUCUCAUUUUCCGUUAGUCGCCGUUAAGAAAAAGAGUGUGACAUUCUCCUGUUCCGUAGAUGAUCCCGGAUUUCCAGAAUCAAAUAGGUUUGUAGCGCAAAAGGCCAACCAGAAUCACAAAACGAAAACUCCCCAACACGCUCCGCUCAUGGAUUUUCAUACCGUCCAAGCAAUGCAACCGCAGGAAGCCGACAUUGCUUUUGAAGCAAUGCUGCUGCAUAAACACCAAAAUCCUCUACCGUUCAAUGAUUCGACUCAAACAUCAAUAAGAACACCACAAGAAAGCGCAUCUCAUCCAGCACAUCAAAUCAAAGAGACUCAUGCUUUAAUUGAUUUACAUUUAAACCAUUCCCUCUGUACAUUGAUCACGCUCACCACAUACACGCCACAAUCGCAAAUAUUAACUCUUUACACGGGGGUACAACAAAAAAAAGACGCCUCCGCCACAUCCUACGCCCUCUAUCGAAAAAUGGGCAAAUUUUCGUUUGUUGCUCAAAUUGUUUCGAAACCCAACAGAUUUCGUUGGCUACGCGGCGGUCGGGGUCCUCUGCAGGACAUUGUGACGAAGGACUGGACGGUGGAGCCAGUGGGUCUGGAUAGUCGGACAAAUUAUUCUUGCUACGCAUACAAUGAGGGAGGCAAAGGUGUGAUGGCCACGGUAAACUUAGAGGUACACGCACCCCCGUUUUUCAUCAAGAACUUGCCUCCGUACACGGGAAUUUUGCAUUCUUCACCAAAUGCAACUUUGACUUGUCGUAUCGAAUGCGUCCCGCGAUGCGACAUAUCUUGGCAAAAGGACGGUGUGCCAAUAGAAAGGAACGAUACCCGAUAUUUUAUUAAAGAAAAAUACAUGGAUGCCUCCCCCGCAACGGGAGAUUUUGAAAGCAUGCUAUCAGUAUUGCACUUCAAUAUGCCCAAUUGGCCUGAUUCGAAAUUCAACAUCGAGGCUGAUAAUGCAAACUACUCAUGUGUAUCAACGGGAAAUAUCGUCGGCGGAAGCAUAAGGAGUCGCACCUAUUUCGGCAUUGAGUAUGCACCCGAAAAUACGACGGUUUCGGAGAACAUUGUUUAUGUGCAGGAAGGCACAAUACCAGGACGAGUUAUUUGCAAGUCUCGAGCUAACCCAGAGCCUUCUUACAAGUGGAUUUUCAAAAACGAAACUAUUGCCAAUGGCAAUGCGUUAAUUAUUAAUACUGCUAUGAACCGAAACGAUGAUGGAACAUAUACGUGUUUUGCGUAUAACAAGCACGGCAGCAGCAUUGCGAAAACCGUAAUUAAAGUACAAUUUAAGCCACGUUGCGAAAUCGAGAGACAGGAAAUCGAUGACCAGGACACGCUCAUUUGUACUGCGUACGGAAAUCCUAUAGAGGCAGAUUUCUCUUGGUCAAUUAAAACUGAAAAUGAAACAGACGAAAACUUGGGCAGCGGAAAAAAAGAAAAUUCGGUGGAAAGGAGUUUUUACAUAUUGGAGACGGACUAUGCAAUAUCCAGGACUUACAGAUGUGUUGCGAAUAAUACAGUUGGUUACGGCCCGUUUUGUGAAAUUGAAGUAGCUGUGCGACCAAAAAAACAACUGGCAUGGUGGCAACUCUGGGAAAAGAACACACUCAUCAUACUAGUUGCUGCUAUCUUGGGAUUACUGCUGACCGUAAUUGUAAUAUGUUGCAUAAUUAUAUGUAUAUGCCGUCGCCGUCGACGUCAGGAUAAAUUACACGACAAGUCGUCUUCACUGGGGGAACCGUUGACGGAACCUGGCGAGUAUGAGAAUCUACCAUUUCAUGGUCUGCAAACGGCACCUAACAAGUUCUCUACUACCCCUACAAGUUUUAAUAACAACACAAAUGCGGUGCGCGUUGCUCAAAGACCCAAGGAACCGACUGGAAAUAUCAAUCAGCCAUCUGCCGGCCUUUACCAAGAUUGCCAGGCCACUCAUGAUCCCCUUUUGUACCAUCAAAAAUAUUUUUGCGAUCAGGACGCACUUAAUGAUCAGAGAUCGCAGUACACCACAAUGCACCGCCCACCAAACAAUGUACAAUAUAACCAAUGCUUAGUUAAGCCAGAUUCUAAUCCUCAAGAUCAACACAACCUCAGCAAUAGCUUUUCUAAAAGUUACACUGAGUAUUACCAGCAGCAUAAGCGUUCGGAAAAAGUGCAAAUGCUAUUUCCACCAGGAGCAUCUAAAGAAUUAAACAGCAACUCGCUGUGUAAUACUGAUCAUACUCCACAUUCGGCACUGGUUAAUAUUAAGCCAUACUUGGAGGCCUCUAACUUUAGAGAAUACGAUAGAACGGGAGAAGAAUUACUUGGCAGUAUGCCACGUGCGAGGCACAGCAAAGGCACUUUGAACCUUGAGAACAAAUUUUAUUCGCUAAAACAUCUAGGCGGAAUCGAGCUAAUAAAUCGGGACCUGGAAAAAGACUAUUCCAUAGGUGUUACCACAUCAUCAACACCCUCCGCUACUGAAAAUAGAUCCCUUUCCAAAUGCAAGAUACACAAUUCCUUUGGUUGCAAUAGGCUUUGCAAUGCUGGCACGAACGUUCAGCCGAUGCGCUUAUAUGAUCCUCCUGGAUAUCAGAACAUGGUUGUGGAGCACGCAGACGAUCAAAUUACAGUAUCUAAAAAAGACGAGGGCAACCUGGCUACUGUACAAACGCACACCCAUGCAGGCAAAGAUAAAAUGAAAAAUCAUCAUCAUUGGAUUCACCAGCACCGGGAAAGAAAAGAUGAAGGCCUAGGUCCUGAUGUUCAUCAAGUGGAGCCGGAACGCAUCAGCAUACAUCGGAGCGACUCUGGCAUUUCCAACAGCUCCUACGAGUCACAAUUUUCAAAACCAAAAAUGGCAACCCUAAACACAUCCUCUGGUCCAUUAGUUCGAAAAUAUGCACACAGAAACAUUAAAGCCCAUAACAGUGUUUUCAAUGCGUCCUACGCAAGUAAUGUUACUGAAAGCGAGGCACAAUUAGAUAACAGUUCCACAUUACAUCAGUCCUGCACUGUGCCAAGUGUUGCUCCUUCGCACUGCAACCGUCCUAAACCAAGAAAUCGGUACAGCAAGGAGACUACUAAAAAUGAAUGCGAGCAGCAUCAACGGGGUCACCAGAGCUUGAGGCCGGCUUCUACUCCUUCAGAAUGCAUUAGUUUAGAUACAUCCAGCAGAAGCGAAUGUAUCAUGUCGACAGUGCCCGCCCAGUGCGGUAUUGUUGAUACACCGAAUGAGAAAAUCCAACUGCUCGCUAUUAAUCCACUUCUAGUUAAAAAUUGGAACAAUGAAUCAUACACCGGUAACAAAAUUAACAAGAAACAGCGGCGGCAAACCAUUAACAACCCAUACGAACAUAUCCAAAGCCACCCAUAUGCAAGACCUGGCGACGUUUGUGAAGUCUCCAGAAAAGCCCAGAGCCACAGCUCAGAAACAUUUAAAGCUUACAAUUCUGGCUCCAAAUCUGACACGAGUGCUCCACAAACAGCAGCGCCAGAGCAUUCGAAGGUCAAGAACGCCACAGAAAUCAGCAGCAAAAAAAACGGGAUUGGCGCCAACGGAGAAUGUUAUGAAGGAAUGCUAGCUUCAAAACACAUACAGGGGUCCAGACUAGGUUCUCUAGCCGAUAUCGAUGAUUUUCCGUCCCAGGGUCCCUUGAACACAUUAGUAGGUAAUCCCGCAGAUUGCCUAGUGGCGAGACGGCCUAUACGAUUGCCGUUGCGCAAACAUCACACCUUCCACUUCCAAAGCACUCAGACAGCCAACGGCAAGCUACAACAGCUGAGGGAGCGACUGCAGCUGCAGCUGCACGAAAGUAGGAAGGUUGAUCAGGAAAAGUUUCCACUGGUGUUUGAUGCACUGGAGUUAAGUGAAAAGCAUGCAUUCAAGCCAAUUUCACCCAUACCUCCACUGAACAAUUCGGCAGUGCAGAGUACCGGGGAUCAGAAUCAGGUCGAUUUUCCGACACAUGGUUCUGUACGCCAAUUGAAAGGGGCAGAAGAUGAUGAAGACCUUGGAUACAGUUUCUGUGAAGAAGAAUGCGUUGUAGAGAACGAUAUAAAUCCCACCUCGGACAAUCUUAUAACUGCCCCGACCAACAGCUCCUGUUCAUCGACGGCUGUUGAAAGCGCGAAUGUAGGUGCUCUUAAAUACUUUAUGUCGCAAAGUAGUUGUGAAGUACAUAUAUAGAUAUUAAAAUAAUCAAGACGAAUAAAGCCUAAGUGACGCAAACAAGGUAUUUUAUAUUAAGUAUACUUAAAAGUAUAAUGCAAAAAAUCAAUUAAUACACUUAAGUCAAGGAACACUUUUAAUAUUGUCCAUCAAACCAUACUACUAAAACUAAAAAACUUUAUUGCGUGUGAUAGUUUCCGGGAUGUGCAUUUAAUGUCCGUUACUAGUAGAAAAAAUGGUAUCUAGAUUCGAUGACAGAUUAAAGCACGCGUAUCCGACCCUAUAAAGGCGAUCUAUCCAUAUUAGUCUAUCCCUCCGUCCAUCGCGAAUUAUGAAAGCUGCGACUAAGAGAGAUAUUUUGGUAUUUAAUCCUUGAUAAGCUACGAGCUUACUGUUUUCUAGUUGAAAGUAUACGGUUCUCGUCAUGACAUGAGAGUUUAAAUUGUUUUCUAAAAAGGAUGAUACUUUUGGUGAUCAAAAAAUUAUAUGCGCCUUUGUAAUACAUUGUAUGGCAUCGACAUAUUUUAUUACCUUUGGGUUACAAAUGUUACACAUGUAAAAUUAUUUCAUUGUACCGAUAUUUUUAAACGUUAGGACAUGUAAAUACUACGCAUACAAUCAAAAAAUUUUUUUUGUUUAUUAAAAUUCUGUUUUUUCUUUUCUCAUUCGUAGCAUAAGAAUAGUCUGUAAAUUGCUAUUUAUAUUCAUGUAAAUAUUAAUUACAUUAUAUAUUCCAGAAAACUAGUUAUUCUCAAACAUAAAGCGGUUUGAAUAUUUUCGGUUUUACAUUUGUAGAAAUAGGACGACUAUUAUUAAGCGGAACAACAAGCUUGCACUGCGUCUAUGUCUCUAGGUUUUAUAGUUCCUGAUAUCUCGACUUUCAUAUGGACGGACGGACAGGGCCAGAUCGGCUGGGCUAUUGAUAUACUUUAUAUGGUCGGAAAUUUUUCCUUCCAUCUGUUACAUACUUUUCAACGAAUCUAGUAUACCCUUUUACCCUAUAAGUAACGAGUAUAAAAAUUGAAAGCCGUUUUAUAAAUUUCGAUUUUGUUAUUUUUGAAUUUCAGGAUACAGAAAGCAUUGAAGUAAAUUUUAAGUUACUUAGUUCAUUAUUCUCGGGUUACCGGCAAACUCCUAGUUUUUUGACAUUAAGUUAAAAUUACCAACUGUAAAACAAUAUGACACAUAGUAUAAAAAGUAAAUGAUAAAUAUGGGCCUUACUCGUUAUUAUUAAAAUAUUGAAUUAAUAAUUAAUUUUAAUAAUAAUUUAAUUUUUUAUUAUGUCUUAAGUCUUACAGCUGUGAAAAAUAAUGUGACACCACUUGCUCAAUCAAGGUUUGAAUAAGUCGCCUACCAACACUUCAGAGUAGAUUUUGUUGGUUUUUUUUUCAUAAUAUUAUGGGUCUUGUAAAUUACUUUCGAUUUGCCAAAAACUUUUUGGCACGACCACUCCAACGACCUAAAGACGCCAAACCGGUCACUCUCAAACUUUUGAACAAUUUUAAAAUUUUUCCUCAUUUAAUUCCUGAGAUUUUGACGUCCAUGCGGACGGACAGAUGGAUGGACAGACGGACAGGGCCAGAUCGACUCGGUUAUUGAUUUAGAUUGAGAAUAUAUAUACUUUAUAUGGCCGGUAACUCUCCUUCUGCCUAUUACAUACUUUUCAACGAGUCUGGUAUACCCUCUUACUUCACGAGUAACGGUUAUAUUUAGAGAUGGUUAAUUCUAAAUUAUUCAUCAUAUUCGUAUAAGGGAAAUACACUGAUUUAUGAGAAAAAUCUCUAUUUCGUAAUAACGGCACCGCAACCUUAAUUCAUUUGAUCAAGAAUAAAAUACGAUAUAGUGGUACCUUUAUUUUUUUCGCAACUGUAAGUAUAUCAUAUAACAUGCAUUUAUUAUAAGAAAUAUCCAAAACUUUCCUCUCCUAGUGUACCCUUGCAGAUAUUCAGAAUGCAAAAAUUAUUUUUAAGAUAUUUUUUAUUAAUGUUGUUUACGUGAACAUUACGUGAACAAUCUAUAAAACAAUCGGUGGCUCUGAAUUGAAUAACGGGCAUGGAAUAAUGGUUCAAACUUUAAGGCAUGAGACCAAAAACUAUAAUACCACCUGCAAGGGUAUAAAAGGAAGUGUUUAUUUGUGAGCAUAUAGGAUUAUGCAAAAUAAUCUGGAAGGGCAAAAUAUCAUGUCAGAACACACUCCGCCAAAUCGUGUACAAGUUACAAGCUUGGUCUUAAGUGUUUUUAGACGCUCAAAUUUUAUUUUAAUGGCAGUUUGAUAUGCUUUCAUUUAUAGUAACUUCUUUAAGUUUGUUUAAGUUUGUUCUUUAAUGCAAUUGGAAACUUACACAUAGUCAGUACUCAAGUAUUGUGUCUAAAAACUUUGUAUAUAUCUAUUUAUAUCUAUGUAUUUAUCUUAAGAAUGUAUACAAAACAGCGACUGUAUUAAUUAGUUAUAAAUGCCCAACAUCCAAAUAUAGACUGUUAAAAUAUUAGGAUGUAAAAAUAAAUCCCUAACCAAA